AUGAAAAUUUGCGGACGGAAAUCUAAUAAUGAGUGGUGGAUACCCAUAACAUUUGCCACGCAGUCCAAUCCGAAUUUCUCCAAUAUUGUGCCCCGAUAUUGGUUACAACCAAAUCAAAAUAUAACCUUUAAAAUUGAUCCAAAUGAUUGGAUUAUUGUUAAUAUACAACAAAUUGGAUACUAUCAUGUAAAUUACGAUGUCAAGAAUUGGGAAAAAAUUUCAAAUUACUUAAAUUCUGAGAACUUCACGAAUAUACACGUUCUUAAUCGUGCUCAAAUUAUCGAUGAUCUUUUUGAUUUUGUGGAUGGAAGAAUAAGUGGAUUUGUCUUCAUUAAUCUUAUAAAAUAUCUACAGCGAGAAGUCGAUUAUGUGGCAUGGUAUCCAUUACUGUUUCAAGUUAUACCAUCGUUAAUGAAUGCUAUUUUCCUACCAGAGGCCACAUAUAUCAAGAUAACCAUAAUGACACUCCUUAGCUAUCUUCUUCGAAAUAUAGGAUACUUAGAAAAUAUUGAUGAUGAUGAUAUUACAAAACAGGUAAGACUAGAAGCCAUAAAAUGGGCAUGUAUCAUCGAUGACAAGUUUUGUAAGAAUACGAUCGCUUUUAAAUUGAACCAACAUCUCGCGGAUCUCGAACUUUAUAGAAUGUUACCAGGAUAUAAUUUUAUGUAUUGUAUUGGUUUAAUGGCAGCCAAUAGAACUACUUGGGAUAAAAUGUUGGAAUUAUAUCAAAUGACAAAUCAAGACAGAUCCAAAAGAGGAAAAUUUUAA